CCGGAGACUACUGCUACUGCCACCGCCGUCGCUGCAGCAGCAGCAGCAGCAGCAGCAGCUGCCGUCGGGGAGGUCUUAUCUUGGGCAAUAAAAACGAUAACGUCGAUGACGACGACCUCACUACCACCACAGUCCAGUUCACGAUUCACAAUCACACAUACCUUUCCGUUGUCAGCCGAAGUAUUCAGCUAGCCGUACUCAUUGCAAUAGUAAUAACUGUAAUUUUGUCAAUAACUGUUUUACUCGCAUUUUUAUUUCACACAACGACUGUAAAAAUAAUUACUCAUCGGCAGCAUCCGCGCUGGUUCAGAUCUUUCUGCUACCCGCUUUCACCCCGUUUGCCGACGGACCCGCAUACGAUUGCGCGCCCACUCGAGCCCAGCUACUAGAACCGCCCGCCCACGCACAAGCGCGAUUCGACCAUGUCUAUGGAAGAUAAAGUCACAAAUCUUUGGAAAAGGGCUAGCGAUGAAGGUGAAAAUAGAGAUGAAAUUCCUUGGCACUUAAAAUAUGGUAGUAGAACAUUAGGAACAUUUGCUGGCAUUGUUAAUUUAUUCACUGGUAUUUGGAAUGGACUUGGAUUAAUUUUUUUAAACACCGAUUGUUUAUUUGGUGGAAUUUUACAACUACUUCUUGGUAUUUUACUAAUUGCGCUAGAAGCACCUUUUCUAUGUGUGUUUAUUGAUUAUAUGCAGAAAGUCAGUGAUGUCGCUGAAAAUAAACCCUAUUGGACUAGAGCUAUUGUAUAUGCUGGGCUAUCCUUAGUACCAUUGCUUUUAUGUUUUGGCCCAAGUACAUUAAUAGCCAGUGCUUUAGUAUUUUGUACUGGUUUAUUGUAUGGUCUCAUGUCAGUUGGAAAAAAAGGAUCUAGGGAAGACAUGGGAGCUAUUGCUUCUCCCGUUGAUAACGUCUCUCAACCCAUGGGCGGACAUCACACAACUUUAAUGGAAGAUCCAGAUGUGUGGCGUCCCACUUAAGGGCACCAGCAGAACAAAUGAAAACUACAGCAUCCACAUUAGAGCCAUGAAACAUAUACAACAUUAGUGGAAAAUAUUCACAUAUAUAUAGAUGUAUACAUAUGUAUAUCACAACCUUAGAAUUCACUAAAACCAAUUAAAAUUAAUUUAUUGGUUCCCAAGUGAUUUUAUUGAAAUCACUAUCCACAUGCAUUCCAAUAUACCAUGGUCUCCUAACUGAUGAUACUCAUUUGUCUAUGGUAAUCAAGUCCAACAAAAUUAUUAAAUUGAUUCAAUAUGUAUCUUUCUAUAGAUGUAUUGAUCUCCAUUAAUAGUAUUCCUCUACAUUUCAUCCCAUUCAAUUGUAUAAUAGAUUUUCGCAUAUAUGUCAUAAAACCUUAAAUAAAAUUAUCUUAAUAUUUAUUCUAAUUUUACUAAUUAAUCUUGUUGCAUGCCAUUAAUAUACAUAAAUUUAGUUGUCAUGAUUUAAAACAAUUUUAAUAGGAUAUUGAAAUUUUUGCUGCUAAAAUAUAAAUAUAACAUUAACCAAGUGACUGCAGAAUCUCUAUUGAAUCAUUUUUAUGAUAAUUAUAUCCAAUAUUAAUAAUUUGUAAUUC